GUAUCAUUGAAAAACGGCCCAGCGCAUGGGGAAGCCCAUGCACACUUGUCGCUAAAAAGAACGGCAGUCCCCGUUUCUGCGUCGACUACCGCCACACCCUCAACCGCCACAUCGUCCGUAAAACCUGACCCAUGCCUAACCUCGAGUCCUGCCUGGAUGCCGUCGGCCAAGCUCUCUACAUCACCGUCGCCGACAUCCUCAGCGCCUUCUGGCAGAUCCCCGUGGCAGAGGAGCACGUCGACCGUACUGCAUUCGUCACCCCUACCGGCAAGUACUGUUUCAAGCGUAUGCCGUUUGGAGUAGCGAACGCACCGUGGCUUUUCCAACAUGUCAUGUCUCUAGCUCUAGGUCAUCUAGGUCCAGACUCUGGUGUUCUUUCGUACAUGGACGAUUUGAUCUGUAUCAAUCACACGUUCGAAGCUCACCUGUCAUCUCUCGAGAAAAUGUUCGCAGCAUUGCAAGCAGCAGGGCUCACGCUCAAACCGUCGAAAAUUCAAUUCGGUCAGAAAGAAGUCGACUAUUUGGGUCAUGUCAUCUCCGCAAAAGGUAUCUCUGUCAGCACCGACCGUAUUGAUGCCAUUCGCAACCUGCCCACUCCCACCUGCAUCAAAGAUCUCCGAUCUGUCCUAGGCAUGGUGAAUUUUGUCCGACGUGCCAUCAAAGAUUACGCCGAUGUCACUGCUCCGCUGGUCGAACUCACUCGAAAAGAUUAUGUCAAACGUGCUAGUUUUAAAAAAGCAUGGGGGUCGGCCCAAGAUGCCGCCUUCGAAAAUGUCAAGAGAGUCCUGUCCUCUACACCUGUCCUCCACUUUCCCGAUUUUUCUCGAGAAUUUGUCGUUCACACCGACGCCUCUGAACAAGGCGUAGGCGCUUUCCUCGCUCAACCAUCCCGUGAUAGUGCCGACGGUAAAGAACUCGAUAUCGUCGCGUUUUACAGCAAACGUUUUUCUAAGGGCCAACGCCAUUACAGCGCUACCAUGAAAGAAUGCAUUGCGGUUGUCUGGGCCCUCACCCACUGGCGCCCGUACCUUUGGGGCCGCCAUUUUACGUGUAGCACUGACCAUCAAGCGCUUACGUAUCUGUACCACAUGCAAGACACGUCCAACAUGUUGACGCGCUGGGCUAUCGCACUCCAGAACUACGAUUUUACUGUCAAACAUGUGCCGGGGAAACUCAACGUUGUCCCCGACGCUCUGUCCCGUAUUUUUAGCGAGGUUAACGGCGAUCAUGUGCCUUCCGAACCGCGCCUUGCGGCUAUCUGUCGCAACGUGCCAGACGAUAAACCAUUUUGUCCCCCUGUCCCUCGCGAUUACGAAGUGUCUUCUUACAACCUCGAUGAAACCGCGCUCGUCGAAAGCGACCGCGAAUUAUUUUCGAGUGCUGUCUCCGUCUUCCCGGUAGUCGAUUCUGUCAAGCUGUUGGAUCACCAAAAACGCGAGUUCCGCCAGUAUUUCGAUUACCUUGCUUCUCCCGCAAAAUCCCCUGUUCCCUCGAACCAGUCUAAGUCUAGCAUGAGCAAAUUUUUCCUUCAUGAAGGUUUGCUUUGUCGUUCGUACAUCCCAGCCCACCUACGUCGUCGGGCUCACUUCCGCGAUCAACUCGUGGUCCCGUCCUCACUACGAACCCUUGUCAUCUCCUCAUGCCAUGACCUACCCUCCUCUGGAGGCCACCUAGCCUUCAAAGGUACUUUCGACAAAGUUCGCGACCGCUACUGGUGGCCAACUAUGCACUCUGAUAUCACGCGUCACGUUCAGAGUUGCGAAUCAUGUCAACGUCGGAAAACGUCCUACCGACCGCCUCAACUGCCUGUCGGCCAUCGUCCAGUAACGCAACCCUUCCAAUGCGUAGCUGUAGAUCUUGUUGAAUACAAGUCACUGUCCGAAGGAAACCGCUACAUCCUGUCUGUCAUCGACCAUCUCACGCGCUUCGUCAUAUUGAUCCCAAUCAAAUAAAAAGAAGCCACUGUAGUAGUGCGUAACCUUGUAGACCGCGUCUUUUCGGUGUUUGGUCCGCCGGAAACUCUGCACUCUGAUCAAGGCAAGGAAUUUGAAAACCGGCUUGUGAAAGAACUGCAGUCUGUCUUUGGGUACAAGAAAACCCGUACCGCCGCGUAUCGUCCUAAAAAAACUCUGUCCUUGAGCGUGUCCACAGUACCGUCCACAACAUGCUCGCUAUGUACAGCAACCUGGCUUGUGAUAAUUGGUCGGAACUGUUGCCGUUUGUCCAACUUGCGCAUAAUACCGCGUACUCCACGACCCUACAGGAGACUCCUCAUUAUCUCAUGUUCGGUCGCGCGGCCAAACUUCCGGUCGAUCUCAUUCUCGGUGUCCCCUCUACUCCGGCUCCCCAGAGUCGCCUCGAUUACUCACGCCGUACCGUCGAGAAUCUCCAACUAGCGUACGAGUUAGCUCGCCGCAACCUCAAAGAACGCUCAUCUAAACAAGCGGAUGCGAAUGAGAAACUGUCCUUCCCUAGCGUUAGGUUCGGUGACCAAGUAUUUGUCCAUCGUCCGUACACCGAAUCGGCUGGACCCAAUCCCAAGCUCAUUAGCCCUUGGCAUGGUCCGUACACUGUCCGGGCCCAACUUUCGCCCGUCAUCUAUCGUGUCUCGAAACCUAACGAGCCGACCGAAACCACCGUCCAUCUGGGUCGCAUGAAACCGUACAUCGCCCCUACUUCGUCUCCGGUCCCGGACCCUGAAACACUCGAUGAACUGUUUUUGGGAACAACGCUCCCGUUGCCGGAUCUCAAUGGUUCCACAACCGCCGUCACCCUCGGUCCGUACACCAUCGAAUUUA